AGAAGGAUAAUCCCACGAGCAUUUCUGACCCAGUGGUCGGGCCUCGUUUGACGCAGGAACUGCUCGAAUAGCGAUUACUCACUGUCCGUAUCCUAUUGCUGACCUAUUCGCCACCGUUAGUAUCCCAAUUCCAUGGGUCUCUGGUCGACGAAUUCGGCAGAUCCUUGCUCCAUUCGCAGGCCGCGUACUAUCUCCAUCUUCUCCCGUCUGGUCCUCUGCUCCACUCUGCUACUGGGUGUCAGCUUCAUCUUAAAAACCCGCCCUCAUCUGCUCCCAUCUUUCCCCCACCUCACCCCCUCCCGCUCCUCCUAUACCCAACCCACCACCAUGGCCUACCAGCAGGAACGCUACAUUGCCGAGCUCGCCGUCCAGCGUGCCACCCUCCUCACCCAGAAGGUCUUCAACGAGAAGGCCAAGGGCACUGUCUCCAAAGAUGACAAGUCACCCGUUACCAUUGGCGACUUCGGCGCCCAGGCUCUGAUCAUCCAAGCCAUCCGCAAGAACUUCCCUAAUGAUGAGAUCGUCGCCGAAGAGGAGGCCAGCAGCCUUCGGGAGGACAAGGCGCUGAGCGCCGAGAUCUGGAGACUGGUUCAGGAUAUCAAGUUGGUGGACACUGAGAGCGACAACCUCCUGGGAGGCCCUCUGCCUAGCGAAGAAGCGAUGCUGGACAUCAUCGACCAGGGCAAGAGUGCUGGCGGUGCCAAGGGUCGUAUCUGGGCUUUGGACCCCAUUGACGGCACCAAGGGUUUCCUGCGCGGUGGUCAGUACGCCGUCUGUCUCGGUCUGAUUGAAGACGGUGAUGUCAAGGUUGGUGCCAUUGGCUGCCCUAACUUGCCUGUUAACGACGCCGAGACCAUGUCUGCGGGCAUCGGCGCUGAGCAGACCAGCGGCACUGGCAAGGGUGUCCUCUUCUCCGCCAUCCAGGGCGUUGGUUCCAUCAGCCGGCCCCUCACCAACGGUGCUCUUGCUGAGAGCAAGUCCAUCUCCAUGCGCCCCGUCCCCGAUAUCGCUCAGGCCGUGUUCUGCGAGGGUGUCGAGGCCGGUCACUCCGCACAGGACGACAACGCCGCCGUUGCUAAACUUCUCGGUAUUACCUCCCCCAGUGUGCGUCUGGACUCGCAGGCCAAGUACUGCUCGAUUGCCCGCGGUGCUGGUGACAUCUACUUGCGUCUGCCGGUGAAGAAGGACUACCAGGAGAAGAUCUGGGACCACGCCGCUGGUGACCUGAUCGUGCGGGAAGCUGGUGGUCAAGUGACGGAUAUCUACGGCCAGAGACUGGAUUUCAGCAAGGGCAGGACCCUGGCGGCCAACAAGGGAGUUGUCGCGGCCCCCAAGGCCCUCCAGGACCAGGUCAUCGGUGCUGUGAAGACUGUUCUGAAGUUGUAAAUGCUAGGAGACUAUGGGGGGGAAUUGUCUAUCAUGAAUGUAAUAGAUUCUCGAUCAGUCCUGUCAGACCGUGCACGCUAGAUGCGUCUAAAAGUACAUAA